AUGUUGACAAUAAGUCAAGUUCUUAUAGCUGUGGCUGUAUUUCUUCUAACUGUGCAGUUUUUUAAGUUGCAACGAGUACGGAGACGGCUCCCUCCUGGACCAAUCCCUCUCCCAGUUUUUGGGACCUUGAUGCAGCUGAACUUUCAGUUUAAUCGUGAUCUCCUCAUGAAGCUGGCAAAAAUUCAUGGCAACAUAUUCACCUUAUGGUUUGGAUGGACCCCAGUGAUUGUACUGAAUGGAUUUCAAGCAGUUAAGGAUGGUAUGACCAUGCACCCUGAAGAUGUUUCUGGAAGGCUAGUGUCGCCUUUCUUUAAAGCAAUGGCCAAAGGAAAAGGGAUUAUGCUGGCAACUGGUCACACCUGGAAGCAGCAGAGAAGGUUUGCACUGAGGACAUUACGCAACCUUGGUCUGGGGAAAAGAGGUCUGGAGCAUCGAGUUCAAGAAGAGGCCCACUACCUGGUAGCCUUCUUUGCAAGUAUGAGAGAGAAACCCCUGGAUCCUUCUUUCCCUCUUUUUCAUUCUGUCUCAAAUGUAAUUUGUGCUGUCGUUUUUGGACAUCGCUUCUCCAGAGACGAUGAAACCUUCCAUGAACUGAUUAGAGCCACAGAGCAGCUAUUCAAAUUUGGAGGCAGCUUUAUUCAUCGUCUGUAUGAAAUCUUCCCCUGGCUGAUACGCCAUCUUCCUGGUCCUCAUAAGAAGGCGUUGUCUUGCUAUGAUGUCCUCACCUCUUUUACAAGGAGAGAGAUCAGAAUGCACACGGAGCGUGGAAUACCAGACGAACUGCAGGAUUUCAUUGAUUUUUACCUGGCUCACAUUGAAAAAUCUAAAGAUGAACCCAGGUCUACAUACAAUGAAGAAAACAUGAUUUAUUCUAUAAAUGAUCUUUUCUUGGGUGGAUCAGAGACGACAACCACUACUUUGAACUGGGGCCUGCUUUAUAUGGUGGCAAAUCCAGACAUCCAAGAGAAAGUGCAGAAGGAGCUGGAUGCUGUUCUGGGUCCUUCCCGGGUAAUCUGCUAUGAGGAUCGGAAAGAACUGCCCUACACAAAUGCUGUGAUUCAUGAGGUUCAGCGCUUCAGCAGUAUUGUCUCAGUUGGCAUGCCCAGAGUGUGUGUAAGGGACACUACGUUGCUCGGCUUUCCCCUCAGAAAGGGCACCAUUGUUCUUCCAAAUAUCGCUUCGUCUUUGUAUGACCCAGAGCAGUGGGAAACACCUCGACAGUUCAACCCUGGUCACUUCUUGGAUAAGGAUGGAAACUUUGUGAGCCGAGAAGCCUUUUUACCCUUCUCACUAGGCCACCGUGUGUGUUUGGGGGAGCAUCUAGCAAGGACCGAACUCUUUAUUUUCUUUGCUAAUCUGCUGCGGGCGUUCACCUUCCAGCUCCCUGAGGGGGUGACAAAGGUCAACAUAGAGCCCAUUUUGGGGGGUACGCUACAGCCCCAUCCAUACAGGGUUUGUGCCAUUCCACGCUAG